CGGUGUCUUUGGUGGGAGGGAUGCGUUUUGUUGUGAUACAAAACACGUAUUGACAAAGCAGUUUGUACAAACUUAUGUGUCUUUUUCUUUAUAAAAAUCAAAAGAGACUUUAAGGCAGAUUGGUUUUAAGACACACAAGAGUGACUGCAUGCCAAAGUAGAGGCGAGAAGCUCUGAAUGUGAAUUGACAGCAGUGCAUCAAGUUGUGCCAAACAAGACAUUUCCCCCCUAUUUAGAUGCUGUACCACCGUACAUAUACAUAGCAGAUCCGAGUACUUGACGCAGCUCUGAUGUCUGUGAAGACUGACCAGCAGUGGCCUGUUAUCAUUCACACCUCUCUGGAAAAUACUGAGAUAGGGAGGCUGCUUAAACAACAGCAUAAAGUCAGAGUUUCAGGCACUGUGGUUCAGAAUAGCUGCAUAUUUCCCAAGUCUGGGAUUGCAUUCCUGAUAGUGCCCCUACAGGAGGCUGUCACUGUGUGGCCUAUACAGGAAAAGGUACACUUAGACCCAGAACUCACACAAAGAUUAGAAAAGUUCCUCCAAGUGCAUGCUUAUUGUUAUGUAAUUGCCACAGCUCCACUGCAUGGCAAGGAAGAGCUGGCUGUGUUUUCUGUUUUACAGCAAAGGUUUUUUGGCCAACUUCAUAUGAUCCCAGCCCACAGUGCAGAGGAAUGUGUCCAAAACAUGCUCAUAUUGGCAAAGAUGACCUGUCCUCCUGUGUCUGACCUUCUGCCUAAGAGACUCCAAAAAAUGUCUGCCACCCAGCUGGACGUAGAAGAAAUGGUGUUGGACCAAAUGGUAGCUAACCAGAUACUGAAUCGACAAGAGUGUUUAUUAGUGCUGGACACCAUGGGCAGUGUUGGGGCCAUUGUAGGGGCCAGUAGAGACCAGUUACUGGACUGUGGUCUGGGGAAACAGGCUGUGGACAGAAUGAUUAAGUUCUUUGACAAGGACUUUUGUCUGUAAGAAAAAAAUUCAGUAUGUUGACA